CCCCACAAUCCUUUGCGGUGGCCCAAAAUGGCGGCGCCCAGGAGCACCCUGAGCGAUUUGGAGAGCAGCAGCAGCAGCAGCGAUGCGGAGGAGCUGGCACGGUGCCGCGAGGCAGCGAUGCCCGCCUGGGGCUUGGAGCAGCGCCCCAGGGGGCCGGAGAUGCCAAGAGCCGGUGCCGCAAAUAGUCAGUCGCCAACCAGCCAGCCAAGCCUCAGGCGUAAAGUGGACGAACAUGAACAAGAUGGCAAUGAGCUUCAGACCACCCCUGAAUUCCGAGCCCAUGUAGCCAAGAAACUGGGAGCCCUGCUGGACAGCUCAAUUACCAUCUCAGAAGUAGCGAAGGAGCUGAAAAAGGCUGAGAUCCAGAAAGUCCCCCCAGAGGAUGACGGCUUCCGCCUCUUCUUCACAUCUGUCCCUGGAGGCUCCGACAAGAAAGCUGCUCCCCAGCCCAGCCGAAAGCGGUUACCUUCCGGCUCCAGCACUGAGGACAGCGACGAGGAGUGGCAGCGGUGCCGGGAGGCGGCCGUGUCGGCCUCCGACAUCCUCCAGGAGUCUGCCAUCCACGGCCCUGUCAAAGUGGAGAAAGAGGCGAAGAAGAAGAAAAAGAAGUUGAAAAAGAAAGCCAAGAAGGAGGCCAGUGCCGACUCGGUCGCCGCCGCCACCCUCACCAUAAGCGGGGCCGCGGUAGGGAAGCAGGAAACGCAGUCACCCAAGCUCAAUGGAGACCAGGCAUCACUUGGGACCAAAAAGAAGAGAAGGAGAAAAAAAGCAAAGAGGGCCAGUGAGGCUUCCGCAUCCCCACCAACAAAGAGUGCAGUGGCCACGCCUGCAAACUGACCCGAGCCCACAGGCCCGGGGCCCACAGGCCCGAGGACGAGGCAUUUCCAAGCCCCACCAGACUGGCCGUGACGGGCUCGCCCAAGGGUCGGGACAGAGACAUGGCUGUAAGGUGAGAAGCCUAAACAAGGCCUGCCCGUCUGUGCUCCCAUUGGGAGCUUGGGCAGAUGUGUGGUACCAGAACAUUCUGUGGCCUCAGGAAAAAGGAGCCUUGUAGUUCCUCAGGACCGAUGGCCACAGGGUAAAGCUUUCAUCUUCCCAGUACUGUAUGAGGAGAAUAAGUGAAGGGAGAGCUUUUCCUUCCUGUCCACCUUCUGAACCUGGUGCUGGAGAUACCCUUCAGUGCACGAGGGAAGAGGCCCCUGAGAGACAAGUCCCAGAAAUAAUUUUUCCUCUCCCUCCAGGCUGUACAGACUUGAUAUAACAUUGUCUGAAAAAGGAGAGAGAUUCCCUCCUGGGCUUCCAGAAUUUUCUUACCCCACGUGUGUGAAUGUACCUCGCAUGAGUGUGAAUGUGUCUUUGAGCCAACCAGAUGAUUGAAAAUAAAUUGUCGAGAGGCCCUCCCUCCCUGUCCACGCCCAGUCUUGAUGAGACAUUUUAAAUAAGCACCGCAUAGGUGGGGUCCCCCCUGCACCCCAAGCUGUGUUCCUGCACCCCAGCCUCAGGGCUUCGGGAAGCACCCCAGCACGUGUGGACCGGUUUUCAGACGCCUGGAGCGUUCUGCAGGGAAGAGCAGAAGCUCAAGGUUAAGUCAAAAUUCUGGCCUCAUGGCCUCGACUCUGAGGUUCAGCAGAGCAAGAAAGACAGAGGUGGGAUGUGAGAGUAUGUGUGCCUGCCCAGCGCCGCCGCCUCCCUGUGCCUGCCCAGCGCCGUCUGGGCAAUGUAUGGACAACCAAGAAGUCCCCAGUACUCGUUUCCACUACUCCAUUCCUCAUUUCCUUUACUAAAAGUUAAAUAAAUGCACAGGCUGGGCCUCUGCUGGCUGCGA